CCCCGAGCUGUUCGCCAAUGGGAGCGGGCACCGCUCGCCUUCCCGGCGUGCCCCGCGGCGCGCCAACAUGGCGGCUCCCAUGGCCGCGGCCGCCGCCCGGGCCACGCUCUGGGCCGCCGGUGCCGCCGCGGCGGGGCCGCUCCGGCUACGAGCAGCUCGCCUCGCGGGGAGCCGCCGGAGCGGGAGCAGCUCGGCUCUGGGCGGGAUCCUGAGCGUUCCCGGCCGCUGGAGCGGGAGCAGCUCGGCUCUGGGCAGCCUCCUGGGCAUCCCCGCCGAGGCCCCGCCCGCUGCUCUGGGCCGGCACCCGCCGCCCGUGGCCACCGACAAAGAGGAGCAGAAACGCCUGUUGGAGAAUCGGCCCGACCAGCCGCAGCAGCCCAGGGCGCUGAGGAUCGCCAUCAUCGGCGCUCCCAACGCCGGGAAAUCCACGCUCUGCAACCAGCUCCUGGGCAGGAAGGUUUUCCCAGUCUCCAAGAAGGUGCACACCACCCGCUGCAAGGCCCGGGGUGUCAUCACCCACCAGGACACGCAGCUGAUCAUUCUGGACACACCUGGCCUCACAAAUCCCUUAAAAGCCAAAAGGCAUAAUUUAGAUGAAGCCAUGCUGACAGACCCAUGGGACAGCAUGAAACAUGCAGAUUUAGUCCUGGUUCUGGUGGACGUGUCAGAUCACUGGACAAGGAACUCUCUGAGCAGGGAGGUGCUCAAGUGCCUGUCUCAGUUCCCCCACAUUCCCAGUGUGCUGGUCCUGAACAAGGUGGAUAUGCUAAAGAAGAAGUUUCUCCUGCUGGAAAUAGCAACUGAUCUGACAGAGGGAAUUGUAAAUGGAAAAAAACUGGAAGUGAAAUCUUCUCCACUUAAACAGGAUUCCCGUUCUUCAGCAAAGUUUCCCCUUCAUAUCACUGAGGCUUCUCCACCUGAAAGCAAGGUCCCAGGGUCUCCCUUUGGGCAGGAAAAGAAUCAGGCCCAGGAAGGCUCUGCUUUGGACAAGAGCAGUGAUGUUGGGGGUGCUGGCACAGGGGAAGGGCCACAGCACCAUGGACACAAGGAUCUAAAAGAUAUGAAAGGCUGGCCACACUUCCAGGAGAUCUUCAUGCUGGCAGCUCUCCAUGGGGAGGAGGUGGAUACACUCAAGAGGUAUCUCCUGAUGCAAGCCAAGCCAGGCCCUUGGGAAUUCCACAGCGACGUCCUGACCAGCCAGUCACCUCAAGAGAUCUGUGAUAAUAUCAUCAGGGAGAAGGUCCUGGAGUACCUGCCCCUGGAAGUGCCUUAUGGGGUGACUCAGGUGACGGACGUGUGGGAGGAAGGAGAGUGUGGGGAGCUCCUCAUCGUGCAGAGCCUCCUGGUGCCAAGGGAGUCUCAUAAGAGGAUGUUGAUUGGAAGAGGAGGAAAGGUCAUCAGCAGGAUUGCUCGGGAGGCUGGCCAGGACCUGAUGAACGCUUUCCUUUGUGAGGUCCGCCUGAAGCUCCAGGUGGAGGUGAAGGGUUGAGCACUUGGUGUGUUUUAACAGCCCUUGAACUCUCUGAUCAUGUGGAGAAACCAGUCCUGGGGGUAUCCUGGCACCUUUGUUGAAUCCAGAAAUAGAGGAUGAUGGAGUUACUACAGUGGCCUGAAGUGGAAUAUAUUAUUCUUUGGGGGAAUGGCCCAAACUGAAAUAAAAUCUCCAGGCCUUCUAUGGCAUCUGGCCUGGGCACAGACACUGGAGAAUCAGCUGCACCCAUGAUUCUGGUACUGCAUUUCCAGAGCUGCCACCCACUUCUUUUGGGCUGUGUUCAUGUCCUUGCUCUCAGGUGUUUGUACGUGGGAGUUCAGGAGCAUCUCCUGCCCUUAUAGCAAACAAAGGGUGGCAGUGAAGGAUUAUCAGCAUGUUUGUAAUCUCUUCUGAAGGCUGAAUCGUGGUCACACAGGAGGACAAGGCCACCCCAGCCCAGCUGAUGGUCUCAUGUUGACUUUUCUCCCUGCCCUGUUGAAGCUGGUGGGUGCAGGGAGUUGGUUUUAGGGGUUUGCUGGCAGCUGGAACAUCUGUAAUGCCUGACUAGCUUGUCUGUCGUGCCAAACCAGCAUGGACCCACUCUUUAGGAAUUCAAGUAGUUUAUUGCAUCACUUACCUCCAAGUCCUCACUCUUUGCACCAGGGUCACAGGUACAAACACUGCAGCUGUUGCAGCUAAAGAAAACCCCAAAGUGGGAAGAGCAGCAGGUUCUGCAGCUCAGGUGUAACAGAGAGCACCUGGCACAGGUGAGGCUGAAGGAGCAGGGCUGGCUCUGCAGAGCCCUUGGCGUGCUGGAGCCUGGCACCACGUGUGUGUGUGCCUGGGCCUGGUGUUUGGGGCUUGUUUUGUCUCUUUGUCAGGUGUUUGGAGCCCUGGAUUCCUUCCUGCCCGAAGUCCAGGUAAAUCUCCAUGUGCAGUUGUAAAUCAACAUCCCUGAGGGAACAAAACCCCAGCAGUGAAGAGAUGGGGAAGGGUCUGGAACCCAACCUGCUCAGCCCUCUCUGGUGCACUGUGAGAGAGAUGUUUAGCCCUUCUGCUGAAGAAUUCUGGAGUGUGAGAUAACUGAAAACUGGGUUGGGAAACCUGCACAGUGUCCUUCCUUGUUUCCCAGGAGCAGGGGGUGCUGUGGUCCUUGAACGCUGCUUUCCAACUUUUGUAUUUCCCUUGCAAUAAAAUGAGGUCCCAGCA